AUGAGUCACAGGCUGGCUUUGCUCGUUCAUUUGCUGCUGGUCGUGGAGCGGGUGGAUUCUAUAAAAGGUGUCAAAUGUGGAGGAAUCCUGGCGGCUCCAUCCGGCAACAUCUCCAGCCCAAACUUCCCCGGCCCGUACCCCUUCAACACAGACUGCUCCUGGCUGAUCGUGGUGGCCGAGGGCUCCUCCGUCCUCCUCACCUUUCACUUCUUCGAGCUGGAGUACCACGCCAACUGCGCUUACGACUACAUCAGGAUCUACAACGGCAUAUCGGAGGACGAGGGGAACCUUCUGGGGACUUUUUGUGGUGACAUCUCCCCACCUCAGUUCACCUCUUCUUGGAAUGUCAUGUCCAUCAUCUUCCAUUCGGACCGGCACGUGGCCCACAGCGGCUUCAGCGUCGGCUACAGAAAGGACAUGUGUGGUGGAGUCCUCACUGGCCUAUCAGGUGUGAUCGCCAGUCCAGGCUACCCUGAGGAGUACAGCAACAACGCCGACUGCUCUUGGACCAUCCACGUGUCCAACACCAGCGUGGUCACCUUCGUCUUCCUGGACUUUCAGCUGGAAAACAACGAGGGAUGUAAUUUUGACUUUGUGGCCCUGUUUGACGGCCCGACGGUCACCCAUCGGCUCCUGGGCAAAUUCUGCGGGGGAGACAAACCUACCAACAUAGUCACCAGCUCCAACCAGCUUCUGGUGGUCUUCAAGUCUGACUUCAACAUAGGGGGGCGAGGGUUCAAGGCGUACUACUACUCAGGCGAAUGCCAGCAGUUCCUGUCAGCUGUAAGCGGCAACUUCAGCAGCCCACAUUUCCCCAGCAUCUACCCGAACAACAUCAACUGCCACUGGAGCAUCACUCUGGCGGCCGGAUAUCGCAUCAAACUCUUCUUCCCGGUGAUGGACCUGGAGGAUCGCAAUGGUCUAUCGGACGAGUGUGACUAUGACUCGGUGGCUGUUUACGAUGGGGACAGUCAGACGGACACCCUGCUGGGACGCUGGUGUGGCAGAGAGCAUCCUUCCUCUCUCAUCUCCAAGGGUAACAAGCUGCUGGUGGUGCUCAGCACAGACAGAAAUGAAGCUCACAGAGGGUUCACGGCAUCUUAUCUUGGAGUGGUCCCUGUAAACGUUAGCUGUACCAGAUCAGAAUUCACCAUUCUGAUACCCCAGCAGUCCUUACCUCAGCUGGACCGGGAGAGAAUCUACCUGGGAGACCCGACCUGUGCCGCCCAGUUAACGGCCACCUCCUAUAAGAUCCUCGCUCAGUUUGUCAACUGUGGUACGGCCGGCCAGAAAUACCAGAACAUCACCGUGCUGGUGAACAAGCUCUACAUCGAUUUAUCUGACGAGAAGCAGCAGAAUCUGCAAGAGUACAAAGUGCAGUGCGACGCCCUAAGGAAGAUAGCAUCAGUUUCCCUCAUCACUGCAGAGGAGCGGCGUCUGGAGGAGCAGGCGCAGCAAACUGACACCAGCGGCGAGGACCACCCAGGACAUCAGGACACUGGGCCUCACGAUCUGAGCGAUAUCGUCUUCAUCAGCAUCUGCGUUCUGGCUGUUAUCCUCAUGGUGAUCGCUAUUGUUUGGCUGGUGUUGCUGUAG